CUUACAUAAAUAAAAGUUAAUAAUUGUAUGCCACCAGUUAUUUCUUUGAGUCUUUGGAAUGUACUUAUCCCAGAAAGAAAAAUACGCCAUCAUUCAUAAAGCCAGGAAAUUCCAUACAAGAACCCUAAGGAACCUAGUCAACACUCGACUUACAGACGAACAGUUACCUCUUAUCAACUAUAUUUUGGAUUCCCUCUAGAGCGACAAGAGAAAUACGACACGCACCUACGAGUGGUUUAAUCGGAAAGGUGCAGGCAAAGAUAACGAUAAAAGAUGUCUGCAAAAUUGUAUAACCAGUUUCAGUUAACAUAGUCUGAAAGCAUGAAAAGGAUCUCCAUACAUGGCCAGAGACAACCAUCUUUAUAUCUAUAUUGUGUAUGAGAUAACAUAACAUUGUACUGUAUAUUGCUAUUUCUCUACCUGAAUCAUGAAUGGGUACUUCGCUAAAUCUUUGAUGGAUCUGAACAGCACCAAUAAUCAUAUUGGGAUCCCUCGCCUCGAUUUGAAAAAGACACUAAGUCACAACGACUUGAGUCCACGGACACACUAUACAACUGGUUCAAAAUCUGACAUCUUAAGCCCGCGUUAUUUUGAAGACACUCCGGGCCCAAAUUCUUACCGACUGAAAACUACGAUAGGUAGUACGCCAGGUGUAUCAUUCAAAGGCGACAGAAAGCGAAAUUUUGAUUCCGCGAAAAAGGAGGCAUGUUUUCUUCUGCCGAAUCUUGUUGAUGACACACCAGGUCCUAAUGCUUAUAAAAUCGAGGAAAAGUUUGGAUUUGGAAGCAACAGGACAUCUUUGAAAGGUCGCAGAAGUGGACCUUUUCAAUCGAAUAGAGGUCAAAUGCAUACGACGCCUCAGUUUGAUGAACGUGGCUCGAGAUUUCUGAGUCCAGUCAGCUAUGAGAUAUCUUCUUUGAUUGGAAAAAGUCGGGGAGUAUCUAUGAAAGGAGAUAGAACAAGAAACUUCAAUGAGACUCCAAGGCUGAACUGUGGAUUUCUCCUUCCAAAAAACAUUCCAAAAACACCAGGACCGGGAAGUUAUAAUAUUGGAUCCACAGUUGAAAUAAAGUCCACCUCUCCAAGUUUUAAGGGUAGUAGAAGCAGUCUUGGUCCCUUUCAGACAGAAUCUGGCAGAACAUACAUCGCCCCUGAGCUGGCGUCGAUGACUGGGAGUGAUAAAAUGUAUGAUAUACCGACAGCUGUUGGUAGAACUCCUGGUGUGUCAAUGAAAGGAAAUCGACAAAGGAAGUUUGACACAGCCAAGAACCAAAAUGCAGUGUUUCUGGUGCCGGACAUGAUUGAUGAAACCCCUGCUCCAGGGGCAUAUGAAAUUAAAACCACAGUUGGCACAGAUUCUAUUAAAGUUUUAUUAAAGGGGUCCCGUUCUGAAAGCAGAGCUCAUGCAAAACAGAAAUCAAGACAAAGGGCAUUUGUAGAAAUGAAUACACCUGGGAUUUCGUUUAAAGGAGAUCGAACCCGACGAUUUGAUCAUUUGAAAGAAAAUCAAGCUACGUUUUUACUUCCAGAGGAGUCAAACGAAGCUCCCGCUCCUGGUUCGUACAACAUCAGAACCACAAUCGGAAGUGACAUCAAUGGAUUGAAAGAAAGAAGAGUUCGAGAUCACUAUGGUGGUCCAUUCCAGUCCAACAGUGGGCCGAUGUAUAUCAAACCCGAAAUUAACACAAAGGACAAAACACCGGGACCAAACAAUUACAAAAUAAACACCACCACAAUGCUCUCUUCUCCUGCGGUCUCCUUUAAAGGAAGGCGACUUAAAUCCCUCUUUGGAGAGCCUGCGCGACCUGGCCCAGCUGAUUACACCCCCACGAAAGCCAAUCUCCGGAAAACCCCAAUGUUUCCCAAUCGGCAAAAACCGAAAACGUCAUACCCAGAAUCUCUGAACUACACCAAUAAAGGUCGACUUAGUCCUGGGUCUGCCCAUUAUUUUCCUCAGGAUCAAACCGGGACUCUCAAGUUCCCUGUACAGCUGAGAAGUCCUCAAAACUCUAAAGUUGAGGAAGGACCGAGCCAUGGCGCUUACACUCUGCUGAACAAACAACGUACUAAUAUCGCAACAACGCUUAAAGGUAGAACCAGUCCGUACGUGUAUUCCGGAUUUCAGACCAACAAGUUUACGGAGGAUGUCGGUUCUAACGUGGUCGUCGCUCAAGGCUGAUGAAGGAACACUGACACAAAA